CGGUACGGCGCUGUCAUUCAGUAUAUCUAUCGAUCGAAUCUUCUCCACAGACGUCGAUCGGAUUUAUCAUCUCUGACUUCGUAGGGUACUUUUCUGGCAAUCUUCAGAUUAAACUCGAUCGAAUUUACGAGCUUCGAAUCCAUACGUAGGUACUUUAUCGACGACGGAAAUGCAGAGCUACAAGGCAUAUGUUCCGCAGCAGGUUUCGCUGACGAGCACUGAUUUGUACUGCAAUUCGCAGUCUCCGUUUUAUCUACGAGGAGACGACAUAGGUCGGCAUGGAGCUCUCGGCGAGUCGACUGGAAACGCCUUUAUUCAUAUAGAUGACGUUAAUUUAAGUAGAGGUUCAGAUUACAGCAGCUUCAAGGCCAGCAAUGUCUCGUCAGUUAUGCCUAAUAAUUUACAGUUUGGUGAAUUCACCAAUAGUUUGGGAUCAGGUGAAAUCGAAUCAUCUGGAAUUAUGGGGUUGGGAGCGAGUACUGAAUCAUUGAGUAAUGGACACUUUAAGCACUGGGGAGAUUCUCUGCUCGAACACCACCAAAAACUGCCAACAGAUACUUCCACAAACGCACCCGAUCAUACCAAAAGCCAGUUUCCUGUAGUUCAGCACAAGAGCUCCAUGGCUAUGGUUGAUUCAAUUUCAAUGGACUCUUCCAAGGCUGUCAAUGAACAGAAGGCGCUUCGCAGGCAAGCACAGAAUCGCGAAGCUGCGAGAAAGUGCAGGAAGAAAAGAAAGGAAUAUAUUCAACAGCUUGAGGACAGCCGAAAAAGGCUUAAUAGGUUAGAGAAGGAGAUUAAAAGAACACGCACGCAGGGAACCUCUGCCGCCUCCGGGACGACAUCGGUGGAUCGGAGCCAUUCAGUAAGCGGCAGCGGAGGGUCGGCAUUCGAUGUCGAAUAUACGCAGUGGCUAGACGAUCACCGGCGACUUAUCGAUGAUCUGAGAUCGGCCGUAAACUCCAACGCAAGCGAUGCCGAGCUGCAGCUUCUUGUUGAUGAAGUGAUGCUGCAUUACAAAGAAGUCUUCAGGUUGAAGAGCUCCGGCGCAAAAACCGACGUGUUUCACAUCCUCUCUGGGAUGUGGAAAACUCCGGCGGAGAGGUGUUUCAUGUGGCUCGGAGGAUUCCGUUCGUCUGAGAUUCUUAAGGUUCUUCGAAACCAAAUCGAACAUUUAACCGAGAAGCAGAAAGACGACAUUAAUAGUCUACAAGGAUCAUCUCUGCAAACAGAGGACGCAUUGAACCUGGGAAUGGAAGCUUUGCAGCAGUCACUUGUGGAGAAACUUUCGAAUAACUCGUCUGGAUCGAGCAUUUCAGACAAUGUCGCCGAGUACAUGGAGCAGAUGACCGUUGCAAUGAGCAAACUCGUCAUGAUCGGCGACUUCCUCCAUCAGGCUGAUCUUCUGAGGCUUAAAACACUACAACAGCUUCAGCGAAUCCUGAGCACGAAUCAAGCUGCGCGUGCACUGAUUGCCUUCAGCGAUUACAAUUCGAGGAUCCGAGCCUUGAGUUCUCUAUGGUUAGCGCGCCCCCGGGAUUGACGACAAUCGUAUGUUUGCAAUGUAACUGUAAGAGUAAGACUGUAAGUACAUCCUUUUUUUAUCCUUAGUGAAGAUUAUUGUGUCUUUACUUUGCCAUAGGCGAUCUGCUUAUCAUGUCUCUUUAGCACUACUUUGACAAAACUUCUGUGAUAUUUGUGUUUUUGAAUUUGCACAAAAAUGAUCACCAACAUUAGUAUGUGUGUGUAUAUAUAUGUGUAUAAAUGUUUUAAGAAUAAUCACUACAACCAUCUCCAUUAAUAUUCCACAAAUUUACUUA